AUGUUUCCAAACCGGGCCCAUCAAUAUAAUGGGAUUCUCCAGCUGCUGUUGCAUUUCAACUGGAUAUGGAUCGGGGUGGUUUAUCAAAACGAGGAUAUUACAGAGGAGUUUGUAGAGAAGGUACUCCCUAGUUUUUCCCAAAAAGGGAUCUGUUUCGAUUUCAUUGAGCGGCUUCCGAAACAAACCUUUUCUGAUUAUAUACCUGAGAGCAUUGAAGAGGGCACCAGAAAAAUGAAGGUUGUUAUGGAAAGCAGCGCCAAGGUAGUGGUUAUUCAUGGUGAAGUUCACGCUCUGAUGUUUUUCAGAAUCAUGAAAGCCUAUGUCGACUGGGACAAUGUCUCAAUGAAUACGAAAGCUAAAGUUUGGAUCGUGACCGCCCAGAUAGAAUUCAUAUCGCUACCAUUUCAAAGAAAUUGGGAUAUCAGUUUCCUCCACGGUGCCCUGUCCUUUGCCCUUCGCUCAAAAGACUUGCAUGGAUUCCAUGAAUUCCUUCAAAGGAGAAGCCCCCUCUUGGAAAAAAAAGAUGAUUUCUUGGCAGAAGUUUGGCAGCAUGCUUUUACGUGCUCGUUUUCUGAUGGUGAAACAGAUGAGAGAGUUGAAAAACCAUGCACCGGGGAAGAGAAGCUGGAGGCUCUUCCUAUGACUCUGUUUGGAACGAGCAUGACUGGCCACAGCUACAGCAUCUACAAUGCAAUCUAUGCUGUAGCACAUGCUUUUCAUGCCAUGCAUUCAUCCAGGAGUAAACAAAAUGCAUUGGUAAAGGCAAAGAGCUGGGAUCUUUUCAAUCAGCAUCCUUGGAAGCUCCACCACUAUCUGAGAAGCACCUCAUUCAAUAAUAGUGCUGAGGAAGUGAUUUCUUUUGAUCAGAAUGGAGAAUUAGUUGGUGGUUUCAAUAUUUUAAAUUGGAUCAUGUUCCCCAAUCAAUCUUUUCUCAGAGUUAACAUUGGUAAAAUCGACACGCAGGAAUCCUCAGGUGAAAUUCUUACCAUCCAAGAAGAUGCCAUUGUAUGGCCUGGGAUAUUUAACCAGAUGCGGCCCCUUUCUCUGUGUAAUCCUCAUUGCCGUUUAGGGUAUACUAAGUCUAAGAAGGAAGGGGAACAAUUCUGCUGCUAUAAUUGCAUUCCCUGUUCAGAUGGGAAGAUUUCAGAUAGGGAAGAUGUAGACGAUUGUUUUGAAUGCCCUAAGGAGCAAUACCCAAACAGAUUCAAGGAUGGAUGCCUUCCAAAACAAAUAACCUUUCUGUCUUAUACAGAACCAUUGGGGAUCAUCCUGGCUAUGUUUGCUCUCUGCUUUUCUUUCUUCACAGUUUUGGUGUUUGGAAUCUUCAUGAAACACAAAGAAACACCCAUCGUCAAAGCCAAUAACCGAAGCCUCAGCUAUAUUCUAAUAUUCUCUCUCCUAUUCUCUUUCCUUUGUUCUUUGCUGUUCCUUGGCAAGCCUGAACCGUGGAGAUGCCUCCUUCGGCAAACUUCCUUCAGCAUGAUUUUCACCAUAGCAGUUUCGUGCAUAUUGGCCAAAACCAUCGUAGUGAUUUUUGCUUUCAUGGCUACCAAGCCUGGAUCUCAAAUGAGGAAAUGGGUGGGGAAGAGAUUCUCUAACUCCAUUAUAUUUUCUUGUUCCUGUAUUCAAGCCCUAAUUUGCAUUUUGUGGCUGUCCACCUCUCCCCCUUUCCCUGACUUGGAUUUGCAGUCAGUGACUGAAGAAAUUAUACUGCAGUGUAACGAAGGUUCACCUGUCAUGUUCUAUUGCGCCCUGGGCUUUAUGGGUUUCCUAGCCACUGUCAGUUUUGUUGUGGCGUUUUUAGCUAGGAAAUUACCUGACAGUUUUAAUGAAGCCAAGUUCAUCACAUUCAGUAUGCUGGUGUUUUGCGCUGUUUGGCUGGCGUUUCUUCCAACCUAUCUGAGCUCCAAGGGAAAAUACAUGGUAGCUGUGGAGAUCUUCUCCAUCUUAGCCUCCAGUGCCGGGUGCUUGGGCUUUAUCUUUUUUCCAAAAUGUUAUAUUAUUUUGGUGUGGCCUGAGCUGAACAGCAAGGGGCACCUGGUAAAAAUAAAGAAGUAA